AUGACUCUCCGCGCCUUUGUUAUCAGUGCCUUAGCAGCGUUGGCUAUUGCAGCACCAAUGCCCGUAGAGAGAGCCCAAGUGCUCGACCUCCUCAAUGCGAAUGACCUGGAGAAUGGGAUCUGCAAGCCUGUCACUUUGAUUUUCGCCCGUGGCUCUAUCGAGCUGGGUAACAUGGGUGUGAUCGCUGGCAUGCCUACCUGUGAUGACCUCAAGAAGAACCUGGGCACCGAGAAUGUCGCCUGCCAGGGCGUGGGAGGAGCAUACACGGCACAUUUGAUCCCUAAUUUGUUCCCGGAAAACACCAGCCCCCAGGCUAUCGGUGAGGCGGUUAAGAUGUUCAAGCUCGCUGCUACCAAAUGCCCCAAGACGCAGAUUGUGGCAGGCGGAUACUCUCAAGGAACUGCCGUCAUAGAUAACGCUAUCCAAGAACUUGACAACACCCUGAAGAGUCAAGUCAAGGGGGUCGUUCUCUUUGGCUUUACCCGGAAUCUACAGGACUCCGGAAGGAUCCCUGGCUAUCCUCCAAGCCAGACCAAGGUGAUCUGUGCCCCGGGAGACUUGGUCUGCGAUGGAACGCUUAUUAUCACUCCUGCUCAUUUGACCUACGGGUUAUAUGCGGACGACGCUGCCAAAUUCUUGGCUUCCAAGGUUUCCAUCUAA